AGGCAGGGCUGAAGAAGACAUCCAAGAUGAGCUGCGAGGGUGACACGAAGCAGGCGCCUCUCUACAUGGGGUUUGAUGCUUUCUCUGCUGCUUCAUUCCUAAACAUAGCGGAGGACAUACACGAGACGAACACUGAUGACGACAUAUCUGAAAAGGUGUACAAGAGAUACGUGCCUAAGAUUAUUGAGGACGAUCCUGCAUCUGAGGGUUCUGCUGCGGGGCGGAAGUCACCUGAAGCAAAGAAUUCCUAGGAUGAAGCUGGAAGUCCAGAGCAGAGGAGACGGCGGCGUCCCAUGGUCUCGUGGCAUUGAGGAGAGCCUUUGGAGGACAUGGGCGAGAUGUUUCUAAAGAUAGGGUGAGCUGAUGAUGAAUAAUACCCUGCCGAUGACACAUAAAACAGACAGCAACCCCUACAUAUGAGCAUUCGAAUUAUCCAUGUCCAUUUUGAGAUGCAAUUUG